ACUUGCGUUUAUAAAUAGAUUUAACAACAAACACACAGGACAAGAUGGAGGUAGUCUCGCGGUGCCUGUGUACUUUGUUUCUGGUCCUGACUCUCGUUUGUGAGUCCGUAACGGGUUUGAUCUGUAGUGGCAUCAGAUACGGAUAUUACUACUAUUGCGAUGAUGAUCACAGCUGUUGCAACGUAAAUCAGUGUUGUUUCACUGGCUACUACGUGUACCAGCUAUGGUGGUUUUGGUUUAUCUGGAUUGUUUUCUUCGCUCUGAUCGCGUGUUGUAUCAUUGCAAUGCGCAGACGACGUAGAAACCGGUUACAGUACAUACGGGUAGCUCAGCCAGCGUAUGGAACGACCUCUACAUCGUACCCCACGCCCCCACCGGCCGGUGCCUACCAGUAUCCGCAGCCAGCACCAAGUGCCCCGGUCAAUCCACCCCAAUAUGCACAACCACAGAAACCACCUCCUUACCAAUAGUGGAAUCCCAAUUGUAUAGGUCAUGGGCCCGUUGUUUGAGAGUCCGCAGAAUGAAUUUACACGACGAUCAGCUUUACUACAGUGGCCAACUGAAACGAAUCUCCCAAAUCAAGUACUAAUGUCAUUGUCAAUACAACGCUCAGUCUUCUGGUACAUAUCUUUUUUACAUAACUUUAGCUGCCUUGUAUUAAAAGCUUAAUCUUUCAAAGGAGAAUUGUGUUGGACACACGUGGAGGAUCAUGAACACAUGACAUGGUUGUUUGUACUUGCUUACAUGGUGCAUUGAAUACGUUAAAUGUUUUUUGUACAUAAGUUUGAAAAAACAAAAUUCUCUGAUAUGUCAAUGUUAUGUUUUUGUUAUAUUUUGUAAUAAAACCAUUUUCUAUUCUUCAAACAUUGUCAUAGUUUGCUAUGUAUUGUUUCAAUGUGUUUGUUUGAGUAUUGUACUCAUUAUCUGCUACAAUAAACAGAUCAAAUCAG